UAGAAAUACAACUCAAGGCUCCAGCCGUGAGGCGUGACUGGCACUUUCACUUUUAACAAAUAACUUAAAUAACCUUUUUCGAACGCACAAAGAGAGGACUCUGGUCAGACAUUCUCACUGUCCCACACUCCAAACUGUCCACACGUCACAGGUACAAUGGACUGCUGUGGUCUACUGACUGUCCAGAAGGAACCAGUUCCUCUGAAGAGCAUCGAGGUGGAGGUGGAGGUGAGGGACCAUGUGGCUACAGUGGUCUCCACUCUGAACUACGAGAACAAGGAGGACAAACCAAUCGAGGCUGUUUUUGUCUUUCCUCUGCCCGGAGACGCUGCUGUCUGUCAUUUCAGUGCCAAGAUUGGACAGACACAGAUCGUAGCUGAGGUGAAGGAGAAACAGCAGGCUCAUGAGGAGUAUGAUGAUGCUCUGAGCUCUGGUCAGCAAGCCUUUUUAUUGGAGGAGAGUGAGCAGAGUCCAGAUAUAUUCACUCUGAGUGUGGGCAGUCUGCCUCCAGGAGAGAGUGCCUCCAUCAGGCUGGAGUAUGUCACUGAGCUGGCUGUGCAGGCCGAUGAUGGGCUGAGGUUUUGUCUGCCUGCUGUGCUCAACCCUCGCUAUCAGCCUCAAGGCAGUGACGGUGCCAGUGUCCAGGUGACCUCUGUUCCAGCCUCUCUGGUGCCCUACAGUCUGUCUUUCUCUGUCCGAGUGUCCUCUCCUCGUCCAGUCUGUAAAAUAGAGUCCAGCUGUUCCCUGGACCCUCUGCAGUACCUGAACACAGAGCAGACCCAGGCCACUGUCAAGUUGGCUGAAGGACACAAGUUUGACAGAGAUGUUGAGCUGCUGAUUUAUUACAAAGAUGCUCACCAGCCCACUGCUGUGGUGGAGGCAGGACAAGCGUCUGCAGAACCUGGGACUCUGAUGGGCGAUCCAGUAGUGAUGCUGAGUCUGUACCCCGAGUUCCCCCAGUCUGUGACGUCUUCACUCGCCUCAUGUGGAGAGUUUGUGUUCUUACUUGAUCGGUCUGGAAGUAUGGAUUGUUCCAUCAAUAACAUCAUGCAUCAAGAAACUCGAAUUGGCAGUGCAAGGGAUACUCUACUGCUCCUGUUGAAGAGCUUACCAAUGGGCUGCUACUUCAACAUCUACAGCUUUGGCUCCAGCUAUGAACACAUCUUCCCUAAGAGUGUGGAGUACAGUGAGACAACCUUGGAGGAAGCAUUGAAGAAAGUUAAGGAGAUGAAUGCUGAUCUGGGAGGAACAGAGAUCCUUGAGUCCCUCAAACACAUUUACAGCCAAACCUGCAUUCCUAAGCAACCUAGACAACUUUUUGUCUUCACUGACGGUGAAGUGUUCAACACAAAAGAAGUUCUUGAUCUGGUGAAGAAGAAUUCAGGCUCCCACAGGUGUUUCUCUUUUGGGAUUGGGGAAGGAGCCAGCUCUGCUCUUAUCAACGGGUUGGCCAAGGAAGGAGGAGGUCAUGCUCAGUUCAUCACAGGGACUGACAGGAUGCAACCUAAAGUGAUGCAGUCGCUGCGAUUUGCUCUGCAGCCAGCAGUGGAGGACAUCUCAGUCACAUGGGCUUUGCCCAAGGGAGUGUCUGUCACUGAUCUCUCUCCACCAAUCACUACAAUUUUCCAGGGUCAGAGGUCACUCAUUUAUGCCCAGCUUACUGGACAGACCUCAGAGGCAGCAGAGGGCAGUGUGAUGGUGAAGUACAAUUUGGCAGGUCAUCCUUCUCAGAACCAGCUGCACUUCAGCCUCAAACCUGCACAGGACACAGGAUUAACAGUCCACAGGUUGGGUGCUCGGACUUGGAUUCGUUCCCUGGAAGGGGAGGAGAGGGAAAACGAAGGAGAACUUGAUGAGGGUGUGAAGAAGAAGGUGGUGGAUCUCAGUGUCCAGUCAGGAGUGAGCAGCUCCUUCACUGCCUUCAUAGCUGUGAACAAAGGCAACAACGAGCCGAUUGAAGGGCCUCUGACGCGCAGAAAUGUUCCAGCACCUUCUUUCAUGAUGAUGUCUUGUUUGCAGUCCGGUUAUAUGGCUGCUCCCCAAAUGAUGCCUUGUGUAGCUUACAGUGCCUGUGCUUCAUUUGAUAUGGUAGGAGACUGUGAUAUUGGGGACAGCAAUGCAUGUUAUGAAGGAGCCGGUGCUUCAUUUGAUAUGCAAGAAUACUGUGAUAUCGGGGACACAAAUGCAUGUUAUGAAGACUUAGUUUGUGGAGUUGUUGAAGACAAGCAGAUUUCCACAGACCCUUUCCUGGAGUUGGUUUCCCUCCAGAAGGCGUCUGGCUGCUGGCUGCUUGAUCCAGCUCUGGCUGCUGCACUGGGAAAGACUAGCGAGGAGGUGGAGAACACAAAACCUUCAGCUGUAAAGCAGGAAGUAUGGGCGACCAUUUUGGCUCUGAUCUGGCUUCAUGGCUUCAAGAUGGAAGCUAAGGAAGAGUGGGAGCUUCUGGCAAUGAAGGCCGUAUCAUGGCUCCGUGCUCAGAAUGCACCAUGUGUGGCAGAUUGUGUGGAAGCUGGAAACACACUGUUGAGUUACAGUGUGCAGAAAGAUGCCAUGGGCCUGUGAGCAUUUUUAAUAAAUGGGCAUAUUUUUUGGCACAGGUUCAUUAGACACAUGCAGUAUCUACUUUAAACAUAUAUGGUACGUAGAUGGUGUGCAAAAGACAUCAUGGUUGCAAUGUAAUGUAGAUGCUUCAUUGGUCACUGGAUCAUAUCUCAGUGUUGUAACUGUAUCAGAUCAGACAAAACUGACCUAACACAGUCCCAGACAUUUUAUAUUGGUUGUCUGCAUAAAAGGUUUCCUUGCUUGAAAAACAUCCCUUUUCAUAAUUCUCGACAGUAGUCCAUGGGUGAAGUUGGCCCUUGAGAGGUCAUACAAAAUAAUUAAAGAAAUCUUUACCUUUCUGGCAUUUUUACACUUUUCUUUUGUAAUCUUAAAUUGCACCUAAUAAGCAUAUGGCACACUCAAAUGUUGAGGUAGGCAGAGUUGUUCAUUUUCAAAUUUUUACCAAGUGCUGUUAUUAUCUUUUAUUAUACUCACUGCAUAUUUGAAUGCUCAUACUCGUGCUAACAAAGAGUGGAAUAACACAUGGAAACAUAAAGACACAUUGAUGCGGUCAACAAAAGCUACAACAGCAAGCGGUGAACUGGUGAGAGCAAUCAUGUAUUGACACAUACUCCUGAUAGUGUCACACCCAUCACCUAUGUGCCAAUCCCAAGUGCGCACCAAUUAAAGCAUUCAAUAAGAAAUUAAUAAAAUAUCCAAAGCCUAAAUUUAUGGCUCCUACACCACCCUGUACACGUAUAUGUUACAGGCCAGGCUUGCUUGGUCCAAUAUAGAUGGUUCUUUGUCAUAACAACAGGUAGAAGUGGCCAUUGUGGCAUCUUUUGUAUUUGUAUAUGGUCACUGGUACAUUUAUUCCAUUUUACAACCAUAACAUUGCAUUUUAAUCUCUGCAGUAUAUAUAUUUUAUGUGCCUUGGUGUAUUUGCACUAUACUGUACCCAGUUAAGUCCAGCCAUGUCAGACAUAAAGACAACAUGUUCUUCAGUUUUAUGUAUUUAAUGUUGCUUUUCAUUAAAAAUUAAAAACAUUAAA